CAGUUAUAGAUUGCUGGUCACAGUCUGCAUUACUCCAAAUUCAAUUUCGGAGUACUAUAAAACCCGCCCAAUACGUCUGACCGUGGUACUUUUGGAAGUGCGAUUUUCAAAAGAUUGGCCAGAGCAGAGGGGGAUGGCUCCAUGGAGGAGCACCAAGUCACUUUCAAAAGAUCAGUUGAACCGUUUGCUUGAACAUAAAUAUCAUUGUGAAGGAGGGAGCAUAUGUGAUAAUCUUUUCACGGAUUUCUGGCAAAAAUCGUCGUUGUAUGUACCAGUGUAUGUUGCUCCAAAUACGCUCACUUUACUUGGUCUUCUCGCUAAUGUAUUCGCACUCUGUUUGCUUCUGAUAUAUGGAGCUGGUCCAUUCACUUCCUUGGUGUUCGCAGCUUGCGUUUUCGUGUAUCAAACUUUAGAUGCAUUAGACGGUUUGCAUGCUCGUCGCACAGGCUCAUGUUCGCAGCUUGGUGAAUUGUUUGAUCAUGGAUGUGAUGCCUUAUCAACAUGUAUCCUCCCUAUUUGUUAUUUCAUAGUUAUUGGUUUCAACGAAUGGCCGAUAUUGAUGUUCAUACAAUACUUCUGUAUUCAAACCAUAUUUUAUUUAGCUCAUUGGCGGUGUUACGUCACGGGAGUUUUGGCAUUUGAUCGUGUUGGAGUUACGGAAGGUCUCAUAGUCGGUAUUGUGUCUUCGGUGAUAUCAUCCAUUUUCGGGUCUUCUUUUUGGAGUCUAAAAGAUCCGAUUUUUGGUAUGGAACUGAAGGUCAUCCAGUUUCUAGUGUUUUCGGUUGUUAUGUUUCUCGUUUUCGUGCAGUUUGGUGGUACAAUUUCGCAAGGUGGCUGUGGUAAAUAUGGAACGACUAUUGCUAACACCAGUAUUUUGUUUCCAGUCUGUCCUCUCGCACUGUCGCUCGGUUUGGCUGCUUCCAUUGGCAUCAAUUCUCCAAUAAAUCUGUAUCAUCACUCACCCUUUAUCUUUCUUUUAACCUUUGGAGUUGUUCUAGCGAAAGUUUCUCAACGUCUAGUGGUAAGUGUGGUUUUAGGAGUGCAUACUUUGAUUAUUUUACUUUGUCGACCUUACUUCUAUUGGAAUCCAACAAGUGAGGAAUUGAAUAAUUGAGUUAUCAUCAGUAUUAAGAACGGGAUCUGUGACUGUGUUGAGUGAUCACUGUGUGCCUGUAGUCAUAAUAUCAAAGCUGGUUUGUCUGUAGCUUGAUGAUUUAUAAAGGUUAAUGAAGUUCAGUUAUAAGAAAUACCUAUGCAUUAAUGCAUGUGAAGAAAACCAUAAUUAUCUCUUACCACUGAGAGAUCUUAGCGAUUUAUUUUACCUCUGUAAUCAGCCACCUAAACAAAUAGUUCUGUUAACUUAUGCACUAACUGAACACCCAGCCUAUAGCUGCUACCUUAAUAUGGUAGUCAGUCUUGGAUAUCACAAUUACCCAACGGGUUAUGCUGGUGAAACACGUACUUCUUUGAGGUCCUACCAUACCAGAUAGGUCUGUUGGAUAGCUGUAAGACAAGAACUAGUUACCUUUAUAGUUAUGAGGGUCUGGUGACAAAGUCAUAUUGUUGGCUGGACGGGAAUGUGACGACCUCAAAGUGUCUCUCAUGGAUGACUGGCAGUCCACGAUGAUGCUACCUCCCCUGCGGAAACCGGCUUCAAAACUAGCGUAUUUUUCACUGUCUUGCAGUGUUCUCUUGCUAGUUAUAUGAGCUUUCUAGCCGGAUUUUAGACAAUCAGUCAAUAUUACUAUAUCAUCUUUUGCUUCUUCAAGACCUUCAGUUCUUGAUAACGGUUCGAGUUCACGGAACAGCAUAUCUGGUUUCCCGAAACUGCAUUUUUUAUCGAAUCUACUAAGAAGCUUCGCUAGCCAGACUCUAACUUCAUAAGCCAUAGACGUGUACCAUGUUUAUGAGACUUGAAUACAGUUACUAACCCAACCUCGAAUCGAAAUGCACUCAGGAACCUUGUGCACAUUCAUAGAGUAAGCAAUGAACCACAUCUACUGUAUGAGGGUUAGUGAUACAACCUGGCUGCCCAAACGUCGGUGGGUGAAGUAGGGCUCAAACCCACUACCCUAUUGGUUAAAAUUUAACUUCCUAAACCAAUGGGCCAUGGCUCACCCAACCUCGCCUGGUAAAUAUGAUGAAUCUGUAAAGUCCACUCUUCGACUUUCUGCAGAUUUGUUAGGUACCCUUCUGAUAUUUCAGGUGUAGGUAUAACUUCAAGUUGUAAGGUAGGAUGUGCUCUGCUCGAUCGAAUCAUAGUUAUCAGGUACCUGUGUGCUCUUUGACUGAUUGGUGCAGUGAGGACUAAAAGGAAUAGUGAAACUCGCCAUCGCCUGUCUGUAGUGUUUACUUACGUACCUACUCAUGUUAAAGUUGAGUUUUAUCGAAAACUAUCUAGCUUCCUACUGCAAGCCAAACGUUCAAACGUGGUUUUCGUAGCAGGUGGUUUCAAUGCACAAAUGGGUACGUUAAAUCAGGCGGAAGUAUACUUAAGUGGUGCUUUCGGAAUCCCAACUGAUUGAAGGGAUAACGGAAAUUGCAUGCUACAAAUGUUAUCAGAUAGUCAUCGAUUACCUUCCAUCACGAACUUCAGCUAAAGAGAGAUAUUGUUUGAUGUGGUCUCCAUUGACUUCAAGCCACCGGUGAACACACCAUAUUUCUGUCAGUUGUCGCUAAAGAGGGUCGGCAGAAAAUUGCCGCUCCUUCUGAAGCACGUGUUCGUAUCAUGGUCAUACGUACAUGUGAGACUAAAUAGAAGUUGAAAAACUACAAAUGUAAAAGGAUUCCGAGUGCAUCUUGACGAUGAGAAUAUAGAGACUGCUUUCAGUGAGAAACUAACCAAACACUUACUGGAACAGGACAAAAUCAUUGAUCCCGAAGAAACUUAGCGCCACCUUUAGUUUGUUGUGAAAGCAGAGUAAAAAAUGUGACUGUCUAUCAGAAAGAAGUUUGGAGCAGUCAGUGGAUCUCAGCUUCUGAAAUUGUGAAUGCACGCGAACUUAUUCUUACAGGUUCCGAACGCGAUGGGGAGCGGAAGCAACUGAAAUGUAGACUGACAAAGAGUCUAAGCAUUGUCUCUUAGAGUAGUGGGCAGCGAAGGUUGAAGGUUUGGAAAAAACCGCCGGCCUUGGUAACAGUGUAUAAUUAUUUUGACUGAUUCCAGAAGCAGCCAAACAAACUUAAUGUUUAGGGUGACAUUUGCGGAGGAGGAUUAGUCUGCGAUAUGCUCACAGAGGAGGUAACUGAAAUGAUUGGCAAAAGACUUCAAGGAAUAGUGCAACUGGCUACCGAUAAGCUUUCGGUUGCCUAUUAUCCAGUGGGAUCUUAAAUUGGACACUCAGGUGAGCCAUCCAGUCAUUUCGGAACUGGCGAAAGCUGUAAAUAAUUUGGAAUGAACAAUUACCACUGGUGUGGAUAAUUUAGUAGCAAAGAUAUUUGAGGGAUGGUAGCCGAAAGUUGUUAGUUGGAUUGACUGAAGUAUUGGUUGAUGUAUAAGAAUCAGGUAUGACUUUCUCAGGGUAGUCCCAGGCACUAAUUGCCUCAGUCUUCAGAAAAGGAGAUAACCACCGAGGAAUCAGUGUGACGAACAUCGCAUCUAAGAUCCUAAGUUAGACUCUAAUGUGUAGCGUGGAAGGAGCGAACUCGAAAGAAUCAAACAGGUGUUGGACCUGGGUAUGAGUGUGUUGACUAGAUGUUCACCCUCUGUCAAGUUUCGAAACUCAGGUAUACUUACGUCACGCCGUUGAAGGCUCUAUGUCCGAACACUCGUCAACUUGUUACAGUCCAUGGUGAAUUACCAAGUGAGUUAUGUACACCGGCUGGUGUCCACUAUCUUCCUUCUUGUUUAAUUAUGUUAUCCACGUGUUUAUGGACAUCUCUCUGUCCUCGUGUGUCUUUGCAACAAUUCACUUUUUCACAAGAGACUGCUUAGGUAGACCUAGAGCACACAGACGAUAGAGUUCUAUUAGGUGAAGAUGUUUCACAAAAUGCAGAGUCGUCGAAACACAAUAAGUAGAAAUUUGAGAAUGUUUGUGAUGUAUCUCCCGUAACCUAAAUGCUAAUUGUUGCUUCAGAACUGGUCUGCGUUGCCACCCCAGCUUAUAAUAUGAAAUAAAAGUGGUUAAGCGCUUCGAGAAUUUCACUUAUUUGGGAAGUCGGAUCAGCCCUAAUGCACCUGUGACCGAAGAGGUCUUUGUCCAGAUACACAAAGCUUGUUUGGCUUUUACCAGCUUACGUCAUUUGUAGUGCUGCUGUGUUAUCUAAUUCCCUAUUGUGAAGUCGAGUGUGCUGCACUGCAGUUGACUCUCGUGCGCUCAUUAUCUGCGAAACAUUGCCGGAAAAUGAAUAGGGCUAAAGAAUGUCCAAGGUUUUCGACUGUAAUCACCUCUGCACAGACAAAGGGUUGUUGUACUGCCAUAUCAGUAACGCAGAAGUCAGUUGUAGAGUUUUAGGUAGAAGAGGUAAAUCAGUUGAUGAGGCUGUUAAUCUUCAUUGACUGAGGUAGCUGUGACAUGUACACCUAGUCAUGCUUAGUUACCAUCUACCCCAUAGCUCAGUGUUAGAUAAAGUAGGUUCAUGCUUGAUGGCGGCAACCAGACUGGAAAAAGGCAUCAGUUCAUAAAGUCUCUGACUGUUGUUUUGAGCUGUAUAGCCACGUGCAGACUUCCCAGUCAGGAUCCCUUUCAUAACUUCAAUCCAUCCGUCCAGAUCAACCUAGGACCAGGCAUUACUGCGUAACGGUCCGAGUUGUCACACCUCAUAUCACCACAUCAAGUAAAAAGGCAGUGAGGUGCAAGAUGAAGAAAAGAAAACUCAGUCAAAAGAAAAAUCAAGUACUAAAAGAGAGAGAGAGAAUGAUAAAAUGCUGAGAUUCGGUAUAGCGUCGUUAAGACGAGGGUAGUGUAGUGUGUGUAUACACCGAUUCUGAACCAUGCCACCUGGAGUCUCGAACCACUAGUUUCUCUUGUCCUGUGGACCCCAACCAUCUAGUGUGCAUCGUCCCACAUGACUCAAAGCAAGAAUCAAAGACUUCAUAUAUUGAUGUAAUGUUUUAGUGUGGCCACCUCGAGCGUUUUUCCAGCGUGGACUUACUUCGGUGAACAUUGUGUGACGAGGCAAUGGGUGACUGACUAGGCAUGCGUAAUACGUGUCGGAACCAUGUCAUUCGAUGUAGGUUCAUAACCGUAUAAAGUGAUUUACUGCUUCUCGGUGAAACUCUACACCUGACGAUGUGGGUUGCUCACAUGGUGAGACGAGGGAAUAGGGUGUAUUGUACGAAGGCAACGGUUGUCAGCCAGCUGUAGCCAUUUGAUGUCUUUGACGUUGAAUGGUCAUGUUUGAGAGUGAUAGAGUAGAAGAGAGUGUACUGCUGUGCAGGUGCAGUAUACGCGACCCUAAUAGACAACUGGACAUCACGGCUGUGCCAUAGAUGGUGUAGGUUGAUAAAAGCCAAUCGAGGUUUUUGUAUACGUGGGGAGAUUUCACUGACCAGUGAGCCAUCAGGGCUGACCCUAAUUCCCAGGUAAGUGAAGUGGUUAACACACUCAAUCACUUCACUCUCUAUUGUUAGUCGCGGUGGGGGGCACCGUUGAAGGCCAGUCCUGGAGCAGCGGUUUGCAUUUGGGUGGUGAGAAACGCAUCUCAAACAUUCUCAAAUUGCUGCUCGAAGUGUCCAGAAGGCUCUGCAUCUUGUCAGCGUCUUCACCUAACAGGACAAUGUCAUCUGCAUAUUCUAGGUCUAACAAAAAUUCUCCUGUGAUUAGGUCAACAUCUGUGUAACGUGGUGACGAGAGGGAGACCUCCAUGAGAAUAUCUAUGGUAAAAUUGAAUAAGAAUAAAGACCCUCGACGGACACCACUCGAUGAGCGUAACUCCCUGGACAUCUCACCAUAGACUGUAACGUGCCCACAAGUGUUCGAGUAGAGAGCCUUCAAUAAAGUGAUAUACUUACUCGACAUGCCUUUCAGUGAGAGACAUUGCCGUAAGACUUCUGGAUCAACGGAAGACUUCUCGAUCAUAACUUCAAUCGAUGGUUGUAUAUCAGGUGAUAUGGUUUUGGAUCGGUGUCAGUCGCAUAAAUGCACCCGUGUAUUAUCUUCAUCUUUAUCGUCAUAACGAAAUUGAUUAUUGUCUCAUUCCCCCUCGUUUUCUUUUUAGAACUUUCUAUCAAUUUUGACUAAUUUUUUCCUUAUUUCUGUAUCUUUCAUGUGUAUACCCACUAACUUGAUGUGGUGAUGUGAAGUAUGGAAACUUGGAGCGUAGUAAUUCUGGGUCCCACGCUAAUGCAGGACUGACUAGCUGAGCUACUGUUGUAUCUAUAAUGUACUAACUAACACUGUCACCUUUCAUAUGUUAUUUAGUUUUAUCUGGAGGUUUGUCGAGGUUUAUUAAUUGAUUUUGGGUUGGAAUUCACCAUGGACUGACAUCAGUUGGAGGAAAAUGUGAAAAUUUGGAGCACUCGACAGCCUUUUCAUCCUAGUAUGGGACUCCUCAGCAGUGCGCACCCUUAACCUCGCCCCACCAGAUAUUGAACCCACCGCCUUCAGGUUCCGUGACCAACACAUUACUAUUCAACCACUGUGCAGGGAUCCACUGGUCCAUAUUUCCUACUUCUGUGAGUUCAUGAUAUAGCUCGACCUACAUCCAAUGUCGUCGUUGAGUAGCUUUCCUCAUGUUUGACUUGGUUGACUCCACUGGUCACGAAUUCUCAUUGGAACUUCGGGAACCACCUCUCGAAGCUUAGUUUUCCCUGUUUUGAUUAAAUAACAAUGACCACCUGUAGCCGUUAGUGUAUCUACUGUGAUUAUAUGUCAUAGCGUUAAUGAUGGAUAAUGGUUAGCAGUGGAAUCCAAAACGUGCGUUUUAUCCUUUUUGAGAGUCGUCACCUGUUCCUGAUAAUAUCUGUAUUAGUUGUCCUUCCAUUUUAUCACUUUUAGUCUAUGCACAUGUUACGAAGUUCCUGGCGUUUUUAGAGAAUCUCUCCAUUUAAAUCAUUUAAAUAGAACACGAAUAACAAUUCAAAGCAAAAUAAUGUAGAUUCAUUUUAUUUUAGCCUUUGUCAUCAGGUGUCAUCAAGUUGAAUUGAUUUUUGAUCUCAAAAUAUACAAAGUUUUCUGGAGUAAUUAAAUUAGUUUUAUGGCAAAUUAUUAACUCUAUGAAAUGAUAACAUCAGUGUUAUAUAAUCAGUGACAUAAAAAAUAAGCUAGCAAUAAAGUUGUGCAUACAUAGAAAACCUUUAACAAUAAUAGAAGUUGAUCAAUGUAACACAUUUCAUAAAUGAAAACAUAUCUGUAAAGUAAAUUCCUGUCAGUUAUAGAUUUUAAGACUGUAAACAAUUUUCUAUCAUGUGCUUGACUACUCGUCGUACAAGUUUUGAAGAGAUUGACUUCUUUUUUUUUUGGAAAAAAGUAGUAAGUUUGCUCAAAAUGUGACUCAUUGUUAAGUGCAUGAAACAAUUGUACUUGUUUCCAAAGUUAGAUUAUCUACUUCCAAUUUUUGAUUAGUUUAAAUUUUGGUAGGUUUUACACUUUCAGAGUAUUUCUGAUAACCAUGAUACUGUAACUAGAUAUAACUAUACUGAUCACUAAUUCCAUAUUAGAUUUGUUUAUUUAAUUUAUAACACACCGAGUAAGAUACAGUAUUAUUUACUUGAUGACGUUUUGAGCAUAAAUUAUCGCUCAUAAUUGUAUCAGUGUGAACAAACUACUUUGGAUAUCUGAUUUUUAUAGUCCUAUCAUAUCUCUGGUAUAGAGUGUUAUGUUAUUCCUAUUACAUGUGUUAGUUGGGUGUUGAUUCAAUAAACAAAGAGUCAGUAAUUUCUCAAUCUCUACCUAAUUAUAUUGGACUGGAGUACAAUGGUUUUAUCGUACCGUAUUGUGUGAUUAUGUGUUAGUGCAUGCAUUCGAAUAACUGUGUUUUAUUCUAGAUUAUUGAUCCUUUUGAGGCCUGUCAUUCUACAUUUGGCUAACUUUCUAUGUUCCGAUAAUUUAACUGACCUCGAUCGGCUAGUUGAACCUAUAUACUUGACAUCAAAGUCAAUGCAUACGAUUUGGUAGGUUAGAUAAUUUGACUGAAUUGGAUCUGUGGCAUGCUUAAACCAGUGAGUCUUAGAUGAAAAGGAGUUCAAAGCCUCUAUUGUGCUACCAUCUUGGGGAGGAAUAUCAGAAACUUUACGUAAGAUUAUUAACAACGCUACAAUUAGGGUGGUUGGCAUUGAAACCUACAAACUCACUCCGAGAUAAGCUUUUUUGGCUUAAGGAUCCGAUAAACCUAACUAAGAAAAAUUAUCUAAUCUUCUGAAUUCCAUGCAUUGACUGUGAGGUCAAGGGCAUACGUUAAACUACUCGAUCGGGAUCAAUUAGAUUAUCGGAAUAUAGGAAUUUAGCCAAAUAUAGAAUGACAGACCUGAAUAAAAUCAAUAAUCUAGAAGAACACUCGGCUAUUCCAGUGCAUAUAUUAACACACAGUAACAUAAUAGGGUUCGAUAAAACCACCUUCGUUCAUCGAAUCAACACGCAAUACAUGUAAUAGGAAUGAUGCAAAACCUAUACCAGAGAUAUGGAGAACUUUACUAUCAAUAGGAACAAAGAAUAUCAGGUGAUAGUACCCGAAUUUCAUGAAAAGUUUUUUGGUUAGUAACCCGUCGCAUUUUAGCCAUCACAUGAGUAACUGAAUUAUUCACAAGCAAGAUGCUUCGGAACAAAUCAUUUAUUCGUUGACGAUUUGUAAGAUCACUGCUCUUCACAAGUAUGACUUUCAGAAGGCGUUUAAUUAACACUUACAUUCUAUCGUGUCAUUAAACUGACAAGUUAUAUCUCUGGUUGAGAUUGUACGUCUAAGUGUCUUCCUAAUUUCAGUCUUGUUGAGAAUCUUACGUAAAGUUUCUGUUGUUUCUUCCUCAUAGGAUAACACAUUAUAGGCUUGAAACUUCUUUCUACUCGUGUUGUCACUAUUAUUCGUAUUCAUAGUGCAUCCUACCACAGGGCUCAAGUUGUACGCCUAAACUAAUGACUAAUUUCAUGCAAUGCACAUAUCGAUUGUUUUUUAGGAACUCUAUCGCUCAUUUAUAAGUUAGAAUUUAAAUGUUUUUGGUUGGUUUACCAUAAGUUCCAUAGAACAAUAACACCUUUUGAAAAAGUUUGUUUUGUGUCACAAUAAUUCCUUCAUAGUAUGACGCAGAUCUACUGAGUAUACAGUUAGUGAAAAAAUUAUACAUAAUUUCUUGAACCAAAUUUCAUCUCUUUACCCCAUAUAUCUUUAUUGAUAAUUAUUUUACUAGUUUUCUCUUAUUUUAUAGAUUGCUCAUAUGACGAAGAGCGCUAUCAGUUUAUUCGACACAGUCAUGUUUUCAGCUGCUUUAUUACUCAUAAAUCAAUAUUUUUCGUGCCCAGUAAACGAAUUCAUAGUUCUAUGGAUCUCCUUAGUAAGUAAAGUUUUCUAUUUUUCACUUGUUAUCAUCAAGCAUGUUCAUCUCUAGGCAUCAUGGAAUUUCACAAGUCUGUAAUUGAAUGUAUACUUCUAUGAGCUGCUUACUAAGAUUCAAUCUUUCACU